AUGCCCAUCAUCGAUGUGACGUCGCCUACUGCAAGUAUGACAGAGGGCCCUGGCGCCAUCAAUCACAGUGCAAGCAUGGCGCCUGCCCACCAUGUUUCGCCGCCAGAGAACCAAGGCCUCGGCUUGAAAGGUAUAUCCAAUUUCGCUAACAUAGAAUCCGAUGAACCGUGGUCGUAUCCCUUCAGCGCAUCCAACAUGCAGAGGUCUUCUAGCUCGACGCGAAGCCUGCACACUCUGAGCGACUUUUCUAGCGAGUUACUUACGGCGCUUCCGAGUCCUAUGAUUUCAUCACACGGCUCACAAGGCUGGGUGGAAGUACACCCGUCAGACACAAAAACGGAUGCCUUUUUCAACACGGUCACAGCCGCGCCAUCGCCGCCGAAACCGCCACCCAGCAUCUCCCGCAGCGCCAGCAGCCGCGCCCCAUCGACGUCUAGUCCCGCUAAAGAGCUCAGCAAGCGCCGGCAACGUGCCUUGAGCUCGCCACAGCGUCCAGAACCAUGCGAUAUCGUUAGUGGCGGAUACUUAGAGACGCCCUUGAAACACGCCAUCUUGCCGAUACGCUCGCUUGAGCCACCCGCAAGCGCCGCGCGAUUGCAGCACCACACCAUGACAGAGACGAGGUCUGGUGCACGACAUAUCCAUGGGCCCUCGAUUCACAUGAGAUCCGACAGUAUCAGUCCCUUGCAGGAUGCCGCUGUCUCUGAUGCCAAUCGACAAAGUGAACAGCAGCGUGAAUGCAUGCUGGAUGACAAGCUGCUCAAGACCAUUGACUUGGUGACGGAAGAAGAAGACGAAUCCUCUGGUCGCGUCGGGCCUUAUCAGGUCAUGUCUUUGCUAGGCACGGGUGCUUUCAGCAAAGUACUUCUCGCUAAGCCUGUCAACAGCUCGAACGACGUGCGUGUAGCGCUCAAGAUGAUCGCCUGUAAGCCGGGGAAAGUUGAUGAGCGCAUGCGGGUAAGCUGGGUGCGCGAGGCCGAGAUCCUCAAGCGCAUCUCACAUCCGGCUAUCGUCAGUUUCUAUCGCUCAUUUCGGACCCCUACGCAUUACACGCUGGUUCUCGAGGCCGUGAAUGGAUACGAGCUCUUCGAACUGCUUGAGAAACACCAGCGACAAGUGGCGCAGCGCGAAUGGCUUGUGCGUCGGAUCUUUGGCGAAUUGGCACAUGUAGUGCAUUGGAUGCACAGCAUCAACCUUGUACACCGUGACAUCAAGCUGGAAAAUAUCAUGUUAACGAAUGCUUUUUUCACGACAAGCACGAAAUUGACCUCAAACGAGCUGGGACCCAUGCCUCUGAUCAAAAUCACGGACUUCGGUCUCGCGCGCUUUGUGAAAGCAGAUCAAAUGCUCGAAACGCGCUGUGGCUCCGAAGAGUAUGCUGCACCCGAGCUGAUUUUAGGGAAGAAUUACGACGGCCGCAAAACAGACACGUGGGCUAUGGGAGUGGUGUUGUAUGCGAUGCUCUUUGGUGCCAUUCCCUUUUUAUCGUCAAGUUCGCAGGAAAACGCAUACUCGGAGAGCGCAUUUAGAAAUGCGCGAGAAAGAAACGGUCCAGAUGUGUACCACGAGAAUCGGGACCGCAAAGCCCACCUUCUGCGCAUCGUCAAGGGCGAACUGCGCUGGCCAGAACAUACUAAUGAGCUGUGUGAGGAUGAGCCAACAAAUGGCGGAUACGAUCCAUCUUUGCGGCUCGUGACGCCCCAGGCCCGGCACAUUACGGCCCGUUUCCUACGACGCGAUCCAAAAAAGAGAGCUACUUGCUUGGAACUUUGGCGGGAUCCUUGGUUUUUGUAUGGUAGUUUUGCCCUACCUUCGGCCGCCCAUCCUCAACCUUGUGGCGAUGCUAUGAUGCGUUGCACCGCUUAUGAAACAAGUGCAGACGAUUUUUCCGUUCUUUUACCUUGUAAUCCAGAAGAUGCUCCGGGGAGACAAUGGGUCGAAACACACACAAAGGGCACAGGUGGUAAGGAAUCUACGGUUAUGCAUCAUGAGAAUAUAUGA